GUUUGUCCUCUGCAGUCUCCUUCUCCUCUGCUGGGAUGAGCAUCCGAUUCAGUCUGACUGAUUCUCGCACUUGCUGACUGUGUAAACAACAAUUUUCUCAUCAUUCUGCCCGCAGCAGCAUGUGAAUGGCAGCAGAGAGGAGCACAGCCACAGAGGCACAGGACCUUCCCGCUAGCAACCCUCCUCCUGCCACUCAAACAAACAUGCACCCUCACAACCAGAGUCGCACGCGCACACAGAAACACACGCUCACUCGGAGUCAGAGCCACAGUCACACCCAGACCCCACCGCAGACACACACACAGAGGCACGCACACACACUCGGUCACGCCAGACGUCACAGUCACACCCACACGGACCCUCAGGGACACACAGCCAGUCAGGAGUCCAGUCAGGCAGCUGCUAACAGACACACAGCCAUGGCCAAAGGGGAGCGGCUCACACAGACCCCAGCAGGGAAGCUCAUGAAGCCUCCAGAGCCCACCUUCACCAAAGCUCCUAACCAGACAGACCUAAACCAGAGGUUGUCUGUCUGCAGUAAACUGUGUUUUGCCAUCGGAGGAGCACCCAAUCAGGUGGCCGGAAGUGCCACCGCCUUCUUCCUCCAAAUCUACCUGCUCGAUGUUGCUCAGAUCAACCCAUUCCAGGCAUCCAUGGUGCUGUUCAUAGGGAAGACCUGGGGGGCUGUGACAGAUCCAAUCGUGGGCUUCUUCAUUACCAAGACCCCAUGGACCAAGAUUGGCAGACUCAUGCCCUGGAUGGUGGGCUGCACACCGUUUGUGGUGGUGUCCUACUUCUACCUCUGGUUCGUUCCUCCCUUCACCCACGGAAGGUUCCUGUGGUACCUGGGGUUCUACUGCCUCUACCAGACCCUCAUCACUUGUUUCCACGUGCCUUACUCUGCUCUCACCAUGUUCCUGAGCACGGACCAGAAGGAGAGAGACUCAGCCACCGCUUACCGGAUGACAUUGGAGGUUUUGGGCACUCUGGUGGGGGCUGCCAUCCAAGGACAGAUAGUGGCCAGCGCCCACACCCUGAAGCACUGCCCGCACCAAAACAUGUCUGCCGGUCACCUAGGCAACAGCAGCAGCGGGGCGGAGAUCGUCAGGAGCCUCGUGCACUCGCAGGACUUCCUGUCACAUGCGAAAGAAGUGUAUAUGAUAGCUGCUGGGUGCAUAGGAGGAGUGUUUCUUAUCUGCACCGUUGUGAUGUUCCUGGGAGUCAAAGAGAGAGAUGACCCGUACGCCCCUAAGACGGACAAGCCGAUCCCCUUCCAUCGGGGCUUCUUCCUGGUAAUGAAGCAUGGCCCUUACCUCACCCUGACCGCCGCCUUCCUCUUCAUCUCCGUGGCCAUCCAGUUGGUGCAAAGCAACUUUGUCCUGUUCUGCACAUACGCAGUGGACCUCCGCGACCACUUCCAGAACAUCGUGCUAACCAUCCUGGUGUCAGCGGUGGUGAGCAUCCCCCUGUGGCAGUGGUUCCUGGAGCGCUUCGGGAAGAAGACAGCUGCCUUCUGUGGCAUCACUUGGAUCAUGCCGUUCACAGUGAUGCUGGUGUUCAUCCCUAACCUGGUGGUGGCAUACGUGGUGGCUGUUUCCUCAGGACUCAGCGUUGCCGCCUCGCUCCUGCUGCCAUGGUCGAUGCUGCCCGAUGUGGUGGAUGACUUCAGGCUGGCUAACCCCUACUCUAAAGGACAUGAGGCCAUCUUCUACUCCUUCUACGUGUUCUUCACCAAGUUUGCUGCUGGCAUCUCCCUGGGUGUCUCCACGUUAUGCUUGGAGUUUGCUGGGUACGACACGAGAGCCUGCAGACAGCCAGCGGCUGUGGCUUACACCCUAAAGCUGCUCAUCGGCGCCGCCCCGGUGGCCUUCAUCGUGACAGGCCUGGUGAUCCUCCUCCUCUACCCCAUCAGCGAGGACAUCCGUCUGAGGAACAGGCUGUGUCUGGAGGAGCUACGGAAGCAAGGCCUCCGUACCAGGACACUGGAGGACCUGAGCAACGCAUGACCUGGGUCUGAAGCAGCCUCACCAUCAGAUUCCAGUGUGGAGCUGGAAUGAUUUUUAUUAGUGUAUGUUACACUGGGGGAAAAAAGAAUCCUGUUUUAAUGUAAACAUUUGAGUUUGUUUCUGUAUUUUCACAUGAACCUGUAAUGUAUAGCCAUCAUGAAUAUUAUAUAAGAUUACCUAAUUUAUAUAAAUGAAUGUAUAUCACUAUUUGCUGUGUUUAAGCCAACAUUGCUGGUGUCUGUGAAUG